CUUUUUGAAGCCUAAUAAUAUCCGAAAAUAAAUCCAAGACUGCUUCCUUGGCUCGCGUUAGCCUGUUGUCAUAGAAACCCAUGGAAAAUUGAACUGUCAGUGGUCGUUCAACUAGAUGUGGUGCCAAUGUUUGAUGGUGGUUUCAUGUACCGCACAAAGUUAAACAGAGUACGACAACGUGUAUUGCGUUCUUUUUGUCGUUAAGAAAGGGUAAGGAGUUAUGCUGCCCUAACGCAGCUGUUUUAACACAGCACCUGAAGCCGCAAUACAGUGCAGCUGCGUAUUUUUGUAUUCGCCGAAUCAGGGCAAAUGACAAGGAUCACUGCAAUGUGUCUUUUCAGCGCUAGUGUUUUUAACAACGAUUACAUGUAAAAAAAAAAAAAAAAUUGUUAUUCUGGAGUAUAAUAUUCCCAUAUGACAAACUGAUUUACUUUCUUCCAAGUGGAACUCACCUGUAUUGCAAACAUGGAGAGUGCUGAAUGGGACCUUUCAGAAGACAAACAAGAACAUUCUGCUGAAGAUCUCAAACUUCAUAAAUCAUCAUUGCAGGUCAUUGCAACAGUCUCAUCCAUUAGAGAAUCUUAUGAGAGAAGAAGCCCUUUUCGCAGUCAACAUACCACACUAACAUCACUACCUCCUGAACCAAAAAAGAUGUGUUUACCUUUUAAUCUGCAUUGGUGUUUUGGAUACAGUGUGAACAAACCAGUAUUGAACCUUACUACAAAUGUGCAGUCAUACAUCUUCUAUGUUAGUUCAAAUGUUGGUAUAUUAUAUGAUUAUAUUAACAAAGAGAUGAGAUUUCUCCAAGGACAUAUAAACCAUAUCAGUUCAUUUGCUAUUGAUGCAAAAGGCAGGUGGAUUGCAACAGCUGAUGCAGGAAAGGACAGUGCAGUUAUAAUAUGGGAAACUGAGAAAUGUGUUCCUAUUCUUACACUCUUUGAUCCUCAUGGUGAAUAUGGAAGUAGAGUUGUAGCACUGAGCCACAAUGCAAAAUAUCUAGUAAGUGUUGGUGGUGACCCAGAGCAAACACUUGCAUUUUGGGUAUGGACAUAUGGCAGUGAGUAUCCUGAAGCCAGCUGUCAACUGGGAAAUGAUCUGGGUGUUGUCAAGAAUGUUACAUUUCGGCCUAAGAGAAAUGAACAUUUCCUUAUCACAGGUGAAAAUGGUGUCACAUUUAUGACAUGGGGUGGCAACAUAUUGAAACAACAUACACCCACAAUGCCGCCAUUCAAGCAAAGAGGACAUCUUGUGGAGUCUGUGUACUUACCUAAAACAAGACUGGCUAUCACUGCGACAACCAAAGGAGCUGUCAUUAUAUGGACUGAUGCAGAAUGUUCAGAGUCUUCUUAUUCAGAGGAACGAACCACAAAUGCUAUGGAAUUAAAGAAAAUCCUUCAAUUGGAGAAACAUCCUAUUACAGUUUUAAGAGCUGUUGACAAAGUGGUUGUGACAGGAAAUACAAAGGGUCGUAUCUCUUUUUAUGACCAGCAGCUGAAAAUCCUUUACUGGUGCCACAAGUUCAAUCUUGAUUCUAUAACAGGCAUAAACUUUCAUCUCCGCUCACGCUAUCGCCAUCUCAAAGACCAGUCUGUGUUUGAUGUAGGGACAUCGGAGCACUCACAUGCCAGAAUUUCAAAAGGAGAUGAUCUUGAUGAACAAGUACUUUCUCGUGAUGCAACCCUUCAGAAAAACCCAUUCAUUAUUCGUGAAUUUGUUGUUUGCACAGAAUCUGGCCAAGUUGGACUUGUAAAUGUUAUGAGGAAUGCUUGUGAGUUUCUCCUGGAUAGAUCAGUUGGAGUCAUAUCAUCAAUGGCAGUGCAUCCUGAGAAAACACAUUUGUGCAUUGGGAAUUCCUGUGGGCAGCUUUUCCUUUGGAAUCACAGAACCAAAGAAUGUUUAAAAAGUAAAAGAUUUACAUCUGAUAAUAUGAGCAUCAUCUCUGCUAUCACAGCUUUACAAUAUGCACCAUCAGGCCUCUUUCUUGCAUGUGGUCUUGACAAUGGCUCACUCUGGUUUCUUGAUACUUCAGUUUUGGCACCUCUCCAAGAGUCUUGCCAGCAACAUUCCACAUCAAAAAUCACUCAGAUUAUUUUUUCUGAGGAUUCAAGGUAUCUCGCACAUAAAAAAAAUCGUAGUAUUUACAGGGAAUGUGAGACAAUAAUUAUAUUUGAAAUCAUUUUUCUUCAUAUUUUAUUGAAAAGAGAGCCAAAAUGUUUGUUGUUUUCAGUGGGUUGA